AUGCAGACCGGCUAUGCGACACACGCGGACAUGAAGGACGCGACCGGGCGCACCACUGAUCCCGAGAAGAGGGACAGUGAAUUCACCCCCCAGUAUGAGGAUCCGUUUGGGUGUGAGGAGAUGGGCGAAGUUAAGUAUCGAACGCUGGAGUGGUGGCAAUGCGGAAUGAUCAUGAUCGCAGAAACGAUCUCGCUGGGAAUCCUCUCCCUCCCCUCUGCCAUGGCCACCCUCGGUCUCGUCCCCUGCAUAAUCCUCAUCAUCGGCCUCGGCAUCGUCGCCACGUACACCGGCUAUGUCAUCGGCCAGUUCAAGCUCGCAUACCCACACAUCCACAGCAUGGCGGACGCGGGCGAAGUCAUGCUGGGCCGCUUCGGGCGUGAGGUUAUGGGUGCUGCGCAGCUGCUCUUCCUGAUCUUUAUUAUGGGGAGCCAUAUUUUGACAUUCAUAGUCAUGAUGAAUACCCUCACCGAGCACGGCACUUGCAGUAUUGUGUUUGGGGUCGUUGGAAUGGUUGUCUCGUUUAUAUGCUGUUUGCCGCGCACGCUGAGGAAGGUUUCCUGGAUGUCGAUUUCUUCAUUCGCGAGUAUCCUCGCGGCAGUCCUCAUCACCAUGAUCGCAAUCGGCAUCCAGCGCCCAGGAAACGGCCACGUCGAUGUCACGACCAGUCCAGCCUUCUACGAGGCCUUUCUCGCUGUGACGAACAUCGUUUUUGCAUACGCCGGCCACGUCGCCUUCUUCGGCUUCAUAUCCGAGAUGAAGAAUCCCACCCAGUACCCGCGCACGCUGUACAUGCUGCAAGGCACAAACACAACCAUGUACACCGUCGCCGCGAUCGUGAUAUACCGGUAUGGCGGGGUCGAUGUUGCGUCGCCGGCUUUGGGUAGCACAGGGCCUGUGUUGUCGAAGGUUGCGUAUGGGAUUGCUAUUCCAACGAUCGUCAUAGCAGGCGUGAUUAACGGACACGUCGCAUGCAAGUACAUUUACGUCCGGCUCUUCCGAGGCACAGACCGGAUGCACCAGCGCACUCUGCUGUCGAUCGGGACGUGGGUGGUGAUUGGGCUCGUGCUGUGGACGAUAGCGUGGAUCAUUGCCGAGGCAAUUCCGGUGUUUAAUGACCUGCUGAGUUUGAUCACGGCGUUGUUUGCCAGUUGGUUUACUUACGGAAUGAGCGGCAUCUUCUGGCUAUUCCUGAAUAAAGGACGGUAUACGCAGUCGAAGAGGAAGAUGUUCCUGACUGGUGUGAAUUUGAUUAUCUUUGCGAUUGGGGGGUGCUUGUGCGGACUGGGUCUGUAUGUCUCGGGCAAGUCGAUCCACGAUAACCCCAGCAGCGCCAGUUUCUCGUGUGCAGAUAACUCGGAGUGA